CUUUUCCACCGGAGACGAGCCGAGCCACUCCGUCGCUGUACUACAACCACUACCCGUCUCCGAUCCACGGAGCCGCGGCGCUGUUGCUUGCAUGCCCGGGCUCGCGACAGGUCCAAGCCAGGCCAAACUGGCGGCCGCUCCCGCACGCCUUGUCCGGUGGCGGGCCUUGAUUUCCUUCCGAGAGUUUCCUCACCGCCAGCGCCACGACGCCCUACGAACGCGGUUGGUGGCCUGCGUUACGGACCGCGCGGAUCCGGCGGUUAAAUCGCCCUAAACUCACUCCACCACCACCAGUACCUCUCUCACACGCGCCUUCAUUUCCUUCCCUCCCUCCUUCCCUGAGCCAGCCAGCCAGCCUUGACUGUUGCUUCGCGGCGCCGCCCCCCUCCUCCCUCUCACCCGCAGCGUCCAGAACAAUCCCUCCCUCCCCCGCUCCGUCCGUCGACAACGUCGACGCACCGACCGACCCGUCGAUUCCCCGCCACCUUCCCCUCCCUCCGCUCCGUCACCCCCCACAUUCCCCGCAUCUCGAUCGAACCUCUCUCGCCUUUUACCGCCCACCCAGCCCUUCGCCCGCUCCCGAGAAAGAUAACCAGGACGGACGGGCGGACGGGCGGACGGAGGAGGGAAAGCAAGCGCGGCGCGCAACCGGAGCAGUGGUCCGGCCGGAGCACGGGAGCGGAGCCCGCAGCGGAGCGCCGGCCGGCCGCGCAGGCGGAUCGGGGAGCUGGUGGCCGUUUCGGUUGCAGAGCCGUGUCCGUAACCGUACGUGCGUGCCAUGAAGAAGAAAGACGCGGGAGGAGGCGGCGGCGGCGGUGGCGGUGGGGCGUUCGUCGCCGCCCCGUGCGUCGACAUCAAGCUCUUCGUCGCCUCGCUCGCCUUCCUCACGCUCUUCGUCGCAUUGUGGCAGCUCCAGCCCUACGGCUCCCUCCUCGCCGCCGCCCGCUCCUCCGCCUCCGCGCCCCCAUGCGCCCUCCCCCUCGCCAACAACACUAAGGUCCACUCCGCCAACUCGACGUCCUCCGACGCAGCUACCAAGACCGCACCGGUGGCGACGUCGGCUCCGGCCAUCCCCGCCGCCGCCGCCGCUGUUCCGAUGCAGCUGGCGAAGCCGGCGGCGCGGGCGGAGGACCCGAACACGAACAAGCCGGUGCUCCCUCGGCCGCACGUCAGCUCGGCGGCGCGGGCGGAGCAGCCGAACAAGCCGGUACUCCCGCGGCCGCACGUAACCGCGGCGGCGCGGGCGGAGGAGCCGAAAAGGCCGGUGCCCCGGCCGUCCGGCAGCGCGGCGGUGCGCCCGGAGGACCCGAACAAGCGGGUGCUCCGGCCGUACGGCAGCGCGGCGGCGCUGUUCGUGCAGAUGGGCGCGUACCGGGGCGGGCCGCGGACGUUCGCCAUCGUGGGGCUGGCGUCCAAGCCCACGCACGUGUUCGGCACCCCCUACUUCAAGUGCGAGUGGCAGCCCAACCCGAGCGCCGCCGACCCGGCGCCGCGCGCCGUCCGGACCAAGGCCUACAAGAUCCUGCCAGACUGGGGCUACGGCCGCGUCUACACCACCGUGGUCGUCAACUGCACCUUCCCGUCCAACCCCAACGCCGCCAACGCCGGCGGCAGGCUGCUCGUGCACGCCUACCACUCCACCGCCUCCCGCCGGUACGAGCGGUUCGUCGCUCUCGAGGAGGCGCCGGGCGCCUACGACGAGGCCGCCUUCAGCCCGCCGUUCCAGUACGACUACCUCUACUGCGGCUCCUCGCUCUACGGCAACCUCAGCGCGGACCGCAUGCGGGAGUGGGUGGCGUACCACGCGCACUUCUUCGGGCCCAGGUCGCACUUCGUCUUCCACGACGCCGGCGGCGUGAGCCCGGAGGUGCGGGCGGUGCUGGAGCCGUGGAUCAGGGCGGGGCGGGUCACGGUGCAGGACGUCCGGGCGCAGGCCGAGUUCGACAGCUACUACUACAACCAGUUCCUGGUGGUGAACGACUGCCUGCACCGGUACCGGCACGCCGCCAACUGGACCUUCUUCUUCGACGUCGACGAGUACCUCUACCUGCCCAACGGCCAGGCUCUGGACCAGGUGCUCGGGAGGCUCUCGGGGUACACGCAGUUCACCAUCGAGCAGAAUCCCAUGUCCACCAAGCUCUGCGUCAAGAAUCCGAGGAACGAUUACUCAAGGGAAUGGGGAUUCGAGAAGUUCGUGUUCCGGAACUCGAUCACGAGGGUGCGGCGCGACCGCAAGUACGCGAUCCAGGCGCGGAACGCGUACGCGACGGGGGUGCACAUGUCGCAGAACAUCUACGGGAGGUCGACGCACAAGACGGAGGCCCUGAUCAGGUACUACCACUACCACAACUCCAUCAACGUGUUGGGUGAGCCCUGCCAGGAGUUCGUGCCGCGGCCCGGCAGCGGCCGCAAGGUCACCUUCGAGGGCGUCCCCUACGUGUACGACGACGCCAUGAAGCGCCUCGCCGGCGAGGUCCGGCGGUUCGAGAACGAGACCAUCGGAUCGUCGUCUCUUACAUGAUAAUUACAAGCAGCUGCUGGGUGGUGGCCGCUGCCUGCUGGUGCUGGUACAUAUACGCUGAUGUUUUAUUUAGGAUGUGUGGACUGGAGAGUCUGUUUUAUUAGAAGAGGCAGGUCGGCCGGUGUAAAGUUUUGGUUCUUCGUUGGGCCGGCCCUUCAGUAAUGGGGAUCUGCUUUUUGCUGCGUUUUCUUCACCUUUUUCUGCCUGUCCCCCACAUUCGUUUACAGAUCUGUGUGUGUAGACUGAUGAUGUUGGCUUUUUACUGCUGCUAGAUUCUUUCAUCUCCUUCUGGGGUCA